AUGUGUGAUCAUGAAGAAUAUGUGGCAUACCUAAAGCAGUUUCUUCUGGAAGUCCUUUGGGAGCAUCUUCUUUCGAAUGGUCGAGUGUUAAGAGAAGAAGAACAGCAGACCAGACAUGCUGCCCUGGGGCGCAUAUUUAUGGCCCGGACUCAAGUGAAAGUGGGAGAGUGGGUGAUCUGGGUGAGCAUCCUCGCCCUAUCCUCACCCACUCUCACCCUGUUCUCACCCACUCUCACCCCGUUCUCACCUCUAUCACCCCGGUCUCCAAACUUCUCACCCAAAUCACCCACACUCACCCUAAGUUCAAAACCAACGCCAUUUUAG